AGGGAGGAGUAUCGAGAUAUAUUGAGCUUGAGGUUAAUUGAAAAUUGGAGAUUCCCAACUCAUUUUGUACUGAAUAGCCUGUGCCAAAACAAAACCUCUCGCCCGCAUGAGUCAAUCGACCGCGAGCCUCCACUGGCUACUGCGCGCUGCCCUGCCGUCUGCCGCACCUGCACACUGGAAAAUUUUGUAUUGAAUAGCCUGAUUUCUUUCUUUGCGGCUUACUACUCAGGUCCGCCUCUAAUUGCAAUAGUCUCUGCUGAAAGUCAACGAUAAUGGAGGAAGUAGAGGAUGAGCAUCAGCUGCAGCAGAUCUCGUCAAAUGAUGAAAAUGGUGUGAAUGAGAUUAUCACCAAAGGAACUUCAGCUGUUCAUGGAGAGCCUCCUCAAGAUGAUGGUCCUCCAAAAGUUGAUUCAGAAUUGGAAGUCCUUCAUGAGAAAGUAACAAAGCAAAUCAUCAAGGAAGGCCAUGGCCAAAAGCCAUCAAAAUAUGCAACUUGCUUUUUGCAUUAUAGGGCAUGGACAAAAAGCACCCUGCACAAGUUUGAAGAUACAUGGCAUGAACAACAGCCCCUUGAGUUGGUAAUAGGAAAAGAGAAAAAGGAACUGACUGGGCUGGCUAUUGGCAUUUCGGGCAUGCGAUCUGGUGAACGUGCAUUGCUAAAUGUUGGAUGGGAACUAGCAUAUGGAAAAGAGGGAAGCUUCUCUUUUCCAAAUGUUCCACCUGAGGCCAACGUUAUGUAUGAAGUUGAAUUAAUUGGUUUUGAUGAAACCAAAGAAGGAAAAUCACGGGGUGACAUGACAGUAGAAGAGCGAAUAGGUGCUGCUGAUAGGAGAAAGAUGGAUGGAAAUGCUUUAUUCAAGGAAGAAAAACUUGAGGAGGCAAUGCAGCAGUAUGAAAUGGCCAUAGCAUACAUGGGAGAUGACUUCAUGUUUCAAUUGUUUGGUAAAUAUCGGGACAUGGCUUUAGCGGUAAAGAAUCCUUGCCACCUUAACAUUGCACAGUGCUUGUUAAAGCUCAACCGGUAUGAUGAAGCGAUAGGGCAAUGUACCAUUGUGUUGACUGAAGAUGAAAAUAAUGUAAAAGCAUUGUUCAGGAGAGGAAAGGCUAGAGCAGCACUUGGACAGACAGAUGCAGCACGAGAAGACUUCCUUAAGGCACGUAAGUUCGCCCCUGAAGACACAGCUAUUGUACGGCAAUUGGACCAGCUUGCUAAACAUGACAGGGAAGUCUACCAAAAACAGAAGGAACUUUACAAAGGAUUAUUUGGGAAAACCCCUCAGCCCAAGCCCGAGAAGAAGAUGAAGACUAUACUAUUUGUGGUUUGGCAUUGGCUGCUUUCUCUGUUUUAUCGAGUAUUCAGGCGCAAAGGUGAUAAAACCAACUAAAAUUUCAAGAUUUCUCACCAAAAGAAUUUAGUGCAUGUGUGCAUUUAUUUUGUAAAACCUGAAUCUCCGUCCUGUACUUUCUCCGAGAUUCAUCUUGUAUCUGCCCAUGACAUUGAAGAACAAUACAUUUUAGACGCCUGCCUCCAAAUAUUCCCUGUUGAACUUCAUAUAAUUUUCUUUCUUAUAGUAACUUUUCUCAUGUGCCUGUAUUAACUAAUUUUGAGAGCUGUAGUUUUUCUGUCUUUGUGUUUGGAUGAGUGCUUGUGUUUGCUUC